AUGGAUCCGCCGUUCCGGCACACCAAGAGCAGGGGUUUCAUCUCCAGCGCGGAGCUCAGCAUGAAGCAGGGAGCCGCGGGCGCUCCCGAGGGCAGAUCCCGCUUCCAGAAGGUCUCGCUGGUGUCGCGGCGCCUGGAGAGCCCCGGGAGCGAGCGGGGCCGGGACGGGAGCCCCUCCCGCGUGUCCCUCCUGCUGCAGGCCUGGGAGAGGGAGAUCGUGGAGAAGACGGGCUCCAGCCCGGCCGCCCCGACCCGCCGGGAGCACUCGUCCUCAGUCAGCCUCCUCAAGGACUUCACGGCGCACGGCCCCAUCUUCUCGCAGGUUUAUUCCCCGGCGCAGGUGCCCCGACGCCAGGACGAGCGGGGGAAGGGGGGGCCCGGCCGUGACGGCUCCCCCAUCCCGGGGGCUGCCCCCCGCGAGGUGCACAGGGAGAGCUACGUGCACGGCACCCUCCUGCCCACCCGGCCCGCCGAGCGUCCCGCGGGGGCUCCCGGCGACGCUCCCGGUGCCCCGAGCGCCGCCAAGCCCGGCCGCGUCCCCGCCGUGCCCAGGGCCAGGCAGGUGACGGUGCUGCGGACGGGCAGGGCGGAGGGACGGGGGGCUCCGAACGGGACACACGGCACUGCCGGGACCACCGCGGCCUCGCCACAGCGGGCCCGCCCCGGGCAGGACGGCAGCGGCUCCGCCGCGACCGCAGCGGGCAGGGAGAGCUCCCGGGCCGAGGGAUCCCCCGAGGAGAAGGACUCGGCACAAGCCGAAGCCGCGGCGGGGAGCGCAGCUGCGGGAGCCGGGCCCGGGGACCCACAAACCAGUCUGAGCAGCUCCCCGCAGGGUCCCUCGGCUGGUGCCGCUGGCCAGGCUGAGCCGGCUGGCGCAGGGGAGGGAAGCGUGGCGGACGGGGAUGGCACCGUUUCAGCCACGCCACCGAGGACUGAGAGCCCCCCGGGAGCCGGCAGCACCCCCGAGAACCCCCCCUCAGAGGUGAGCGAUGGUCCAGAGCCUUCAUCCGAAACAGCAGCAUCGGCAAAGGCUGAGAGUGAGUUGGAGGGGGAUGAGACCACGGGAGACGCUCAGAGCACAGCCCAAGAGCCUGAGAGCAUCCCAGAGCCCCCCACCGAGCCCCCAGCCCCUGAGCCCCCAGCCGAGAGCCCCCCGGACGCGGCCGAGGAGGACCCCGAGCUGCUGGUGGACAUGGAGAUUUUCGUGGACACGCUGCGCAACAUGGAGCCCUCGGAGAUGCGGAAGGCGCCCAAGGCCCCGCGGCAGCCCCGGCCGUCGGCGCUGGGUCGCUGUGCGGCUCUGCCCCCCAUCCACGAGGACCGCGUGGCCCCCCGAGCCCCCGUGUCCCUGCCCGAGGCCCUGCGGGAGCUGCUGGAGCGGGGCCCGGCGGGGCGGCCCGAGGAGACCCCCGAGGAAGAGGAGGAGAUCGAGAACCCCUACCUGAGCCCCGAGGAGCGGGCGGCGGCGGGGACCCUCCGUGGGAUGCCCAGGGACGGCCCUGCCGAGCGGAGUGGGCUCUUCCGAGGGAACGUCCUCAAGGGCAUGGCGCUGCUCUCCCACUUUUUGGAGCAGCGGGCAGCUGGAGCUGACGAGGGCAAGCCCUACUCCCGCCUGGACAAGAGUGUGCUCUACAGCCGCUUCGUGUCCCCCAGCGCCGCCCUGCUCGAGCUGCCCGACAGCAACGGGGCCACAGACUUACCCUGCCUCGGGGACCACAAUGGGCUGGGCCCUGGUGGCCAUUCCGGCCCCGAGAUGGCCAUGCUGGAAGCCCUGAGUUCAGGCUCUGUCCCUCCUGCCACCGAGGAGCCGGAGAGCGCCGUGACCCUGAGCCUCGACCACGUCCUGCAGGAGGAUAAGGAGGGCAUGGAGAAGAUCAACACCAGGCCUGGCAAGAUGAUCCUGUACUCCGGUGCCGGCUUCGCGGGGCACAAACGCGACAUCUGGGACGAUGUUCCCGACGCCACGUCCUGGGAGCUCUCUCACACCAUCUCCAUCCGAGUCAUCCGGGGCGGGUGGGUGAUGUACGAGAAGCCGAGGUUCCGAGGGCGCAAAUGCGUCCUGGCCGAGGGGGACGUGGAGAUCGACAACCCCUGGACGGCGUACGGGGCGAGCGGGGAGCGCGGGGGCCGCCCCUUCCUCAUCGGCUCCUUCAAGAGGGUGGUGAGGGAUUACCGCACCCCCGAGAUCAGCCUCUUCGCGGAGGAGAACGGCGAAGGAGCCCGGCUGAGGUUCAGCGGCUCGGCCGAGGACACCCGAGAGCGGGGACAGGCGCUCGCUGCCGCCUCCAUCAUCGUCCACUCGGGCCUGUGGCUGCUUUACUCCAAGCCGUUCUUUGAUGAUGAUCCCUACGUCCUGGAGCCGGGCGGGUACCCCAAUUUAAAGGCUUGGGGAGCAAAGGACCCGUCCAUCUGCUCCUUGCAUCCCAUCAGGCUGGGCUGCCCCGUCGUGGAGAGACCUGGAGAGCCACAGGUGCUGAUCUAUGAGGCUGCAGCUUUCCAGGGCCGCAGCUUCACCGUCAGCAGAGACAUCUACGACCUGAAGAGCCUGGCUGAGCCAGCGCUGCCCACCGUGGGCUCCCUGCGUGUCCUGGGUGGCUGCUGGGUUGGCUACGAGAAGGAAGGCUUCCGUGGCCACCAGUACCUGCUGGAGGAAGGGGAGUACCAGGACUGGAGGCAGUGGGGCGGCUACAGCAGGGAGCUGGUGUCCCUACGGCUGAUCCGGACGGACUUCUCUGACCCGGCCCUGGUCCUGUUUGAGGCCAUGGACUUCGAGGAGGGAGCGAGCGUGGAGCUGAGCGAGGCGAUCCCCGACACGCGGCUGGCCGGCUACGGCAGCGUCACCCAGUCCAUCCACGUGCUGAGCGGAGUCUGGGUGGCCUACGAGAGCCCCAACUACUCCGGCGAGCAGUACAUCCUGGAGAAGGGGGUGUACCGCAACUGCGAGGACUGGGGGGCCACCGACUGCCACAUCGCCUCGGCACAGCCCAUCCUGCAGGUCAGGGAACACAACCUCCACUUCGUCUCCAAGAUCCUGCUUUUCUCAGAGCCCGACUUCUCGGGGGAUCAGGUUGCCUUUGAGGAGGACCAGGAGGCCCUGCCCGAAGCCUUCAUCCCACGCUCCUGCAGAGUCCGUGGGGGCAGCUGGAUCCUGUUCGACGGGCAGGACUUUGCGGGGGAGCAGCACGUGCUGUCCGAGGGCGAGUACCCCACGCUCGGUGCCAUGGGCUGCCUCUGCUCCACCGCCAUCCGCUCCCUGAAGAAAGUUCCACUGUUUUUCUCGGAGCCCUCCAUCUUCCUGCACGGGCUGGAGUGUUUCGAGGGGAAGGAGAUCGAGCUGAACUCCGAGGUGCGGAGUCUCCAGGCCGAGGGUUUCAACAACCACGUGCUGUCGGUGCGGGUCAAGGGAGGGAUCUGGGUGCUGUGCGAGCACGGGGACUUCCGAGGGCGGCAGUGGCUGCUGGACUGCACUGAAAUCACCAACUGGCUGACCUACAGCGGGCUCCAGCACGUGGGGUCCCUCUACCCCAUCCGCCAGAGACGGAUUUAUUUCCGCAUCAGGAGCAGGGAGCUGGAGCUCUUCCUCUCGGUCCCUGACGAUGUGGAGGACAUGAAGGCGGGGCGGGUGGUGGUCUCCAGCCUGAGCGAGCAGAGCAGCUCCGUCUGGUACUACGAGGAUGGGCUGAUCAAAAACCAGGUGGCCCCCAGCAUGAGCCUGCAGGUCAUCGGGCCGGCCGGGAAGGGCGCGAAGGCCGUGCUGUGGUCCGAGACACGGAUGCCGCGUCAGACCUGGAGCGUGGAUUCUCGGGGACGGAUCCACAGCCAGAUGUUCGAGGACAUGAUCCUUGAUGUCAAGGGCGGCCAAAGCUACGACCGGGACCACGCCAUCGUUUGGGACAUGGCUGAUGAAAGAGCCACGCAGAUCUGGGACAUCCAGGUGCUGUGA